AUGUCAAAAAGAAAGGCUGAACUCGAUGAUGAAUGCAGUACACAGGAUGAGGAUAGUGAUUACAGUGAUGGUUAUGGCAAUGCCAUUGUAAACAGUGAUGUCGAAGAAGAAGAAGAAGAAGUAGAGGUCAAUGAGAAGGUACUAAAGAAACAAAGGACUUCAGCUGCCACUGCUACUUCAUCUGGAACAAAGUCAAACAAACCAUCAUCAACAUCAACCAAGACCAAAACAACAACAUCAUCGACAACAUCAAAGACAGCAGCAGCCAAGUCAACGCCUGGUGUGGUGGGAGGAAAGGAUGGAACAAUUAAGAUGAACAGUGGAAACAAUACAAAGACAACAAGAGACACUGGUGGUCUGAUCAUGUUGCCAACUGUAUCAUUGAUCAAUCACAAUGAAUUGAUCACUACUAUAUUGAAUGAUGUAGCCACAUUCGAGAAGAACAUUGGUGCCACGAACAAGGUGCGCAUUCAAUGUUUAGAGCUGGAUGGUGUUGGAGUCAAGCUGGCCAAGAAGAUACAAGAGAUACUUGACACUGGCAAACUGAAGAAGCUGGAGAAGUUGAACUCCAAUGAGAAGUUGUUGGCCAUCAAUACGAUAUCCAAAGUGUCAGGUAUUGGACCAGUGAUCGCCAAGAAAUUGGUUGUGGACGAUGGUAUUACAACCAUAGAGGCAUUGAGAAAGAUCAAGGCGACUUUGAACCAUCAUCAACAGGUUGGUCUAAAGUACUUUGAUGACAUUGAGACAAGAGUGCCAAGGGAUGAGAUUGAACGUAUUGAAGCAAUGGUCAAGGAUCUACUAAAGUCAAUUGAUAAGAAGGCAAUGGCAGAGACAUGUGGAAGCUAUAGACGUGGUGCCAAGACCAGUGGCGAUAUUGAUAUCCUGCUGACACAUCCAAGCUACACCAAGCAACAGAAGGACAAGAAGAACACAUUCGAUCUGAUCAAGAGAUUGGUCGAUGCAAUGAAGAAGAGUGGAAUCAUUAUCGAUGACAUCAGUUUGGGACCAAUGAAGUACAUGGGCUGCUGUAUAUGUCCCAGCACAGUCGAGGGUGCGCCAACAACAGAGGGUGGACAGGAACAUGAGUCCACAACAGACAAUGAUACGACACAUGACGAAGACGAUGACGUUGACAAAGAGGACUCUGGCGAGGAGGUGGAGGAGGAUGACUCAAGUGCAACUGAGCCAGAGAAUGAAGAGAUGGCAAAGAAGGCUGAGGAGAGGAAGGCCAAGCAGAGGCAGCUGGCUAAAGAGCAGAAGAAACAACAGAGAGAACAACAGAAGAAGCAACAGAAGACCAAGGCCAGCACUGGCGGCAACACAGGUGGACGACCAAUCGUCAGGAGGAUUGAUCUCAAGCUCGUACCAAUCGAGUCGUACUACUUUGGACUAUUACACAACACUGGAAGCGAUGAGUUCAACAGGCAGAUGAGAGCCAUUGCGUUGUCCAAGGGAUUCACACUGAGCGAGUAUUCAAUCAAUACAGUCAGUGGACCAAAGAAGGGAGAGGACAUCCUUGUCAACUCUGAGAAGGAGAUAUUCGAUAUCAUCGGUAUGCAUUACUAUCCUCCAACAGAGCGUAGUCUCUAA